AGUUGGGUAUAUUCCUUAGACAUAGUCUUUCUAAUCUGUGGCAUAGUCAUUUAAAAUCAGAUUGUCAAGUGCUAUUUGUUCUUAUCGAAGAAUUCACAUUAUUUUCAUUUGUGUUGGAAUUUUAUGAAUUAAAGUAAACUUUAACAAUAUGUCUUGGUUAUUUGGAUACAGUACAAAACCUCCGCAACCUCCUUCAGAUGACCCACCCUCAGAGAACGACGGUGCAGCGGCAUCUCCGAUUAACCUUUCUAAAUCGGAAAGGAAAGCUAUGGAAGCUUAUCGGUUUGAUUCUAGUGCCUUAGAAAGAGCAGCUCAAGCCGCUAAGGAGCUGGAAAGAUCAAGACAUGCAAAAGAGGCAUUGGAGCUUAGCAAAUUACAGGAGGCAACUAAGCAACAAGAACAAUUAGCAAAAAUUAAAGAAUAUGAGGCAGCAAUUGAACAUGCAAAAGUUGAUCAGAAAAAAAUUGACUAUGAAGAGAGACGUAAAACAUUACAGGAAGAAACAAAACAACACCAAAUGAGAGCUCAGUAUCAAGACCAACUUGCUAAAAAGCGAUAUGAAGAACAAUUAAUACAACAACAGAAAAGUCAGGAAGAGAUACUGAGAAAGCAAGAAGAAAGUGUUGCAAAACAAGAAGCUCUGCGUCGUGCAACUAUUGAACAUGAGAUGGAACUUCGAGAAAAGAACAAAAUGAAACUUAUUGAAGCAGAAGCUAGAGCAAAGGCUAAGGCUGAACGUGAAAAUCGGGAUAUUACAAUUGAACAAAUUAGAUUGAAGGCAGCCGAAAACAGAACUACUAUUUUAGAAAGUAUCAAGACUGCGGGGACUGUCAUAGGAGCUGGAUUGAAUGCACUUGUCACAGACUGGGAUAAAACUUUAGCAGCAGCUGGUGGUUUGUCUCUGGUAGCUCUUGGUGUGUAUACAGCCAAAGGAGCAACAUCAGUAACUGCAAGAUUCAUUGAAGCGCGCAUUGGAAAGCCUACCUUAGUGAAUGAAACGUCAAGAUUCUCUUUAUUAGAAGCAGUCAAACACCCUAUACUAACAGUAUCUAGAGCAGUAACUAGCUUCAGAAAGCCAUCCGAUGCAUUGGCCGGCGUAGUCCUUGCGCCUACAUUGGAGAGAAGACUUCGAGAUAUUGCUAUUGCUACAAAAAAUACUAGGCUAAAUAAAGGGUUUUAUCGUAAUUUACUUAUGUAUGGUCCUCCUGGUACUGGAAAAACAUUGUUUUCCAAGAAACUUGCAAAACAUUCAGGUAUGGAUUACGCAAUUUUAACUGGAGGCGAUGUUGCACCUAUGGGUAAAGAUGCAGUUGCUGCUAUUCAUAAGGUAUUUGAUUGGGCAAAUACAAGUAGAAAAGGCGUCCUUCUGUUCAUUGACGAAGCUGAUGCAUUUUUACGCAAACGUUCUUCAGAAAGAAUAAGCGAAGAUUUAAGAGCAGCUCUUAAUGCUUUUCUGUAUCGUACGUCUGACCAAAGUAGUAGAAUCAUGUUGGUACUUGCUUCCAAUACUCCUCAACAGUUUGAUUCUGCUAUCAAUGAUCGUCUUGAUAAGAUGAUUGAAUUUGGACUGCCUGGACAUGAAGAACGAGAGCGUCUGAUCCGUCUCUAUUUUGAUAAAUUUGUACUACAACCAGCUUCAGAGGGGAAGAGACGUUUGAGCGUGGAUCAGUUCGACUAUGGCGCCCUAUGUUCUAAUUUGGCGGCACGUACAGCUGGUAUGUCAGGCCGCUCGCUGUCUAAGCUGGGUGUAGCGUGGCAAGCCGCUGCUUAUGCUUCCGACGAUGGCCGACUUACUGAACAAAUGUGCAUUGAUAUAUGUGACGAUGCAGUUAGGGACCACAGACAGAAGAUGGAAUGGUUAUCUACUGAAGAGAAAUCGCGUAGUAUGAUGCCUUAUCUUCUAGACUUGCCUCCACUAGACAAUUCUGACGAAACACAGUCUAAAAUUGUUCAAAAUGAACAACCUGCUAAAGCUGAUAUGCCUUCUAGAAAUAAAUCUGUAUCCAAGAAGACAUCAGCGAAGACUGUCGAAACUGAAAAGUGACAAUGUCUUUCAAACACAAAUAAACCAGAAAGUUUAUCACAUAUAAGCAUAAGUUCCACCAGUAAAUAUAAAAAGAACUGUGAUACGAAUAAUAAAUACCUAUAUGAUUUUAAAACAUCACAAUUAAAUAAAUACAUAGUACUGAGCGAGCGUGACAUGAAAACAUUAAAAAAAAUAUCUCAGAAAAUGAGAAAGAAGGUUUGAUUAUAGAUUUAUUGUUAUAAAUGCGUAGUGUGGUUUUAUCUGUGUACUGAUACUUAAAAAAAUAUGUAUAAUUUUAUAAAAACAAUUUUAUUAUUUACAUAUGAUUUUGCAUAACUUGGUCUGAGUUGGUACCUGCAUUCCUAGUGUUUACAAAUAAAUUAGGAUAAGAAUUGAUUUAUUUUAUCACAUAAAAAAAAUAAUGUGUUAUAGGACCGAAAUAAUAGUGUAAUGUGUGUUAGAAUAUGAAAGUACCGAAUUUUUUAUGUUCAAAGAGAAUGACGAGUAAUAGGCGUAAUAUUUAUAUAAGUAUAGAAUGGAAUGCUUAUGUUAGAAUUUUAUAUUCUUUGUAUUGACUAAUAUAAUUAUAUAAUAUCAUUAAUUUGAAAAAGUAUGUUCAAUGAUGCUUUAUAUGUAUUAUAAAUAUCUUUUUUUCAUACCGAGCUCAUUAUGGAUUACGCAGGAUGCCAAUGAUGACGUUUAUUCUUUUUUGGUGCAAAUGGUGUAGAUAUAAAUUAUAUAACAAACACUCACGUUUCAUCUCCUAGCCUUUAUAAUACUGGCAAAAAAUAACUUAUAGUUUUGUAUUGUAUGCAUGAACGGCAAUCGAGGAUGGGUUGGCCAAUAACAAAAUAUGGUUUAUGUAUCAAAUAUUAAACAAAACAUUUGAAAUGAGUAAUAAAGAAGUAUACAAUACCUUACUAUAUAAUAAGUAUACCCACCUUAGCUCCGUUACUGGUUUCUUGCUAUUAGUAUUUUUUAAAUUUUCACUUUGAUCGCAAUGCAACAUAUCUACGCCCUUUGUAAUGCAUAAUUAAAUUAAUAUCAGUUUAUGCAUAACGAUGCUGAUUAUUGGUAAUAAAGAAUAUGUCAUUUCGUAUUAUUGAAACGGAUUAAUUUUUUUAACGUAUAACCUAUUAAGUUAUACGACAGGCGUUAACCACAGCUGGUAUUGUAGUAACUAUACAUCAUAAAUAGUGCUAUAUGUUUUUUUUUUGUAAAAAAUUCGCUUCCUAAAAUUGGCACAUUCUUGAGAUGUUUUAUGAAAUUUGUGAAGUCUAUUUGUAUUCCAGUACAAAAUAUUUCUGUAAUUGUUCUCAAAGUGUUUAAGUAUGAAUAAUAAUUAUACAAAAUAAAUGGAAAUAGGAAUAUUUGUACACGCUUGUCAUUCACGUAUGUUUACUAUUAAAUAUACAUUAGUGAAUGAUUGUAAUUAUUUAUAGACUACUAAAUAGUGUAAUUAUUAAUAUGCUAUUAAUUAUAUAACCGUAAUGAUUUUAUUACAACUUGUUGUAUGUAGUUAUUAGAAAAUGUUCAUAAAUA